UUGUGUUCUCGCAUAUCAAUAGCUGCUUUGUAAACAUGUUCAGAGAGCUAUAAUAAUAUUUUAACUAAAUCACAUUCGUUCGUGUAUAUUUAGGGCAAUUUUUUUUCUUAUAAACAUGCGGUAGCGGUUGUGAGUUCUAACUGUCAAAUUAUUGAUGUUUUGUUUAUGUCGCUAAAAUCCAGCUACGUCUGUUGCAUUGCCGGUUCUUCGCGUUAAUUUUCCAUAUUGUCGAACUAAUUCAUAGUAUGCUAGAGUAUACUUGAAAGCUUCAUUUGAUUUAUAUUGAUACUGUGAGGAUAUUUGCCUUUUUUUAGUGGCGGCAUUUGUGUAAUAGGCAUUUUUACCAAUGAAUCGAAAAUAUAAUUCACAUUUCACUUCCAAAAACACGUGUGAAAAAUAGGCCCUGAAGCUUGUUUUUGUGUUUGAAUUUGUACCAAUUUAUCUUUUAAUUCCACAUGUUUGAAAGGUAUUUGACUGAAGAGUUUAAGACCUGGUACUGGAAUAUGAGUUCAACUCUUCCCCGACUAAAUUUCUUGCUCACCUUCAUAAAUGAGGCAAUUGCUAGCAUGCCUUUGGAGCUCCUACUGUAAACAUAUUUUAAUAUAAUUUUUUGAUUCAUUAUUUUUAAGGAAAAAGUUUAGCAUUAAGUUAGGGUUUUAUAUAACUUUUCUGGAAAGAAAAAAAAGUAUAACUGAUAAAAGAUUUGGCAUUUCUUCUAAAAGUUUUUGUUAAGAAUUCAAGUUGAUGCCAAAGUGUGAUUUACAACAUGGCUGGAGUUGGUGGAAAAGGCUCUGGAAAAGGCAGGACUAAGCCAUGCUGUGCUUGGUGUUCAGAAAAAAGAGAUCUUAAAUAUUGCCUUGCUGUAGAUCAUCAGAAAAAGGAUUUUUGUUCCGAGAUGUGUCUCCAUGAUUACAAAACAGCAUUUUUAAAGGUUACAUGCACCUUUUGUGAAUGCGAAAUAACUAAAAAUCCAGUCGUUAUUACUGAACCUAGUAUUAAAGAUUUCUGUAGUCAACAAUGUCUUCAAAAGCACAAUGCAAAGGAACUGAGUUCUCAGCUUGACAAACAAAAGAGUAAACAGUCCAGUGGCUUUCAAUUCCAGUAUGAAAUCACUGGCGUUUUCGAUUGGGAUGUGUAUUUAAAAGAAUGCAAUGCCACUGCUGCUCCGGCCGAAUGGUUUAAACAGAAUACUGUUCCACCUAAAAAUGAAUUUAGAAUUGGAAUGAAGUUGGAAGCAUUUGAUCCUCGAAAUACGACUUCUACUUGUAUUGCUACUGUUGUUGGUAUGCAAGGACCUGUUUUGCGGUUGAGAUUGGAUGGUGGAGACAAUAAGAAUGAUUUCUGGCGCCUUGUUGACUCUUCUGACAUACAUCCAAUUGGUCACUGUGAAAAAAAUGGAGGUAUGUUGCAGCCUCCACUUGGAUUCCGUAUGAAUGCUUCGUCGUGGCCUAUGUUUUUACUGAAAACAUUGAACGGUGCUGAUAUAGCUCCAAGUUCAAUAUUUAUGAAGGAACCUGAUUCGCCUCCGAGGAACCUUUUUGAAGUUGGUGUGAAGCUUGAAGCAGUAGAUAGGAAAAAUCCGCACUUAAUAUGUCCUGCUACUAUUGGAGCUGUAAAAGAUGAUAUGAUCUUCAUAACAUUUGAUGGAUGGCGUGGAGCCUUUGAUUACUGGUGUUAUUAUGAUGCAAGAGAUAUUUUCCCUGUAGGCUGGUGUAAAGCAAGUGGACAUCCUCUUCAAUUACCUGGAAAUAAAGCUGGAUCAAGUGGAAAGUAUAAAAUUAAAGUACAAGUAUCUUUGCCAAACACAGUACCACCACCUCCACCAGUUUCAAAACCUCCUUCUCCCGGCUCACAAACUCCCAGCAGUAGCACAAGAUCCAGAAGCAAUGGCGUAUCUAGCAACAUGGAGAAAACUCAUGCUCAACCUCUACAACAAGCUGUGUCUCCUUCCUCUACUGUUUUGGAAAAUGAAAGUAUAGCAUCGAACAUUGAUUGUAAACCACCAUCCCCUUCUACCACUAAAGUUCUUGUUACUGAACCAGAUACUAGUUCAGUAUCAAAGACCUCUCCAUCAGUUUGUGCAUACAUAAAUCAUGGUUGCACUUGUGGACCGUAUUUGAAUCCUAGACGGAUAUCUAGAUUACCAGUGAAGUAUGGACCAGGAUCAUUGAAUCGAGUGUUAAGGGAAGCUGUUCAGACGUUCAUUGACUGCGCUGAAAAUGAGAAAAAUGUAUUUUCUUUACUAAAACAGGGAGAAGGAAAAGUUAUAAUCACUGCAAAUUUUGAGAGUAAAACACAUACAUGUCGAUUACCUCCUGUUGAAAAAGUAUCAACAUUUUGGAAUUAUCUGGAAGGACUUUUUGAUGAUUUAAUGUGCUGCGAAAAUUUUUAUACUAGUCAACCUCUUGAAAGUGGAUGCACCAAAUGCGCCAGUAAAGGACCUGUAAGACGAGCAUCAGAAGAAUGUACGCCUUCCCAUUCUGAGUUACCAUUACUUGGAAAACGGAGAUGGUCUUCUGAUUCAUCUGAAAACAAUUCUAGAAAUUCUAUUUCACCUUUAAAAUCCAUGAAAUCUACACGUUUAUACCAUGCAUCUGAAACUGAAGAUUGUUAUGUCACAAGCUUAAUUGCUGAAAAAUGCCAAUCCAAACCUUCUGAAUGGACAGUUGAUGAUGUAAUUCAUCAUGUAUGCUCUGUUGAUUCAAAUAUGAUGAAUCAUGCUGAUCUCUUUCGAAAACACGAAAUCGAUGGAAAAGCUCUUCUUUUGCUGAACAGUGACAUGAUGAUGAAAUAUAUGGGUUUAAAAUUAGGCCCAGCACUGAAAAUAUGCAACUUAAUUGAAAAAUUGAAAGCAAAAAGAUUUUAUUGACUAUUGUAAGGUGUUGUGAACAUUUUCUGCACAUUGAUAUGUUUGUUUUGUUAGUGUUUUUUUUUUUGGUGUAUGUAAUCACUUAUAUUUAUUUUUAGACAUUAUUAAUAAGAUGUUAAUACAUAUUUUGAUGCUGAACUUAUAUAUCCUGUGAUAAAACUUCAAUUUUAAAUAAUAUCUUCUUGUAUUUUUGUGCAUUUCUUUAUUGUAAAAUAACUCUACUGAUCUACUUGCAUUUAUUAUUUUGCUACAUAGUUAAAAAGUAUUCUGAAACAACUGUUCUCUCCAUUAUUAAAUUGUAUAUGUACAUAGUAUAGUUGUUAAUAAUAUCAUCUCUCCCAUAAUAUCAUCUCCUCUCCCAUUUAUUUAUUCUGCAUUCAGCAUAAUCUUAGAUUUGUCUGUCUUUGAUUUAUUACUGAAUCUUUUUGGAGUAAUGGCUGUUCCUAAUUGGUGAACUGAGUUAUUGUUUUUCAAGCAUUUAAUUUAUAAUAGGAAAACCAAAUGAAAAAAGUGUAAUAAUUAAAAUUAAAUAAUAACAUUUCUGAAAUAUAGAAAAAUUAUCUGUUUUAGAAGACUAAUUAUGUAUUAAUUCUGUAAGAGUACUGGCUAGUAAUAGAUUUUCUUUUCUUCACCUUCUCACUUCCAUCUAUAAUUCGCUUUCUAAAUGGCUAAUGCCUCUGAAAUAAAUUAAAACCAAAGCAAUUGAUAUCUAAAUAUGUGUUCAUUAAUAAACGGUUGUGCAUAUUCAAAUAAAAGGUUCUUUGGUUAGUUUUGCUGUUGUUAUGUGAGUGAAAAAUUACUUAGGAAUAACUUAUCACGAAUAUAAUUAAAGCAGAUUAAUUCAGCUUUGUUUCAUUUAACUA